AUGCGGGCGGACGUCAAAGCGCAGCUCGCGGACGCGAAGCGCGCGUUGGAGGCGUUGACGCUGCGGAAGAGAGAGAAGGAAGAACGCGAACGCCGCGACUUCAUGGCCGCGUAUCGAGGCGGCGACGCCGCCGGGACCGGCGGUGGAGGCUCCGACGACGCGCGCGCGUACUUCCCCGGGGUGUAUCCCACGGACGUCGGCCACGCGCUCACGGGCGGGCGCGAGGUCACCGUCGCGGAGGCGUGCGAGAUAUUGCGCGCGGAACACGGGACGAUGAACUGGUUGCUGUGCGACCUCACCCCGGAGACGGGGCGACCGCGUCUGUUCGCCGCGGAUUCCAACGGGCUGCAUAAGCUGACGCGGUACCUCGCGGCCGACGCGGUGUUCUUUGGCCUGAUUCGCAUGACGUUCGGGAUCGGGAAGCGCCGACGUCGGAAGUUCAUUUUCCUGCGUUGGAUCGGCGAAGACGUCUCCGCGACGCGGCGGCGAGACGCGGAGGAGGCGCUGUCGAAGAUGCGAUCCGUGCUCGGUUCGACGUCGUGCGAUCACUUCGCGACGUCGAGGGAGGACGUCACCGCGGACGUGCUCGUGGAUAAACUCGCGCGGAUCGUCGGCGGCGACGGCGAUGACGAGGCGUUCGGCAAAGAAGCGUUCGUCGCCGCCGCGGCGGAGGAGACGGAGGCGAGCCGGAAAGCCGCGGCGGCGGCGGCGGCGGCGGAGAAGCGCGGGAGCGAUGCGUUUUUCUGGCCGCCGUUCGAGGACGCGCUCGCGUCCGUGCGGGAGGAUUCGGAGCCGUUCAAUUGGGUGAUGGGAGAGAUCGACUACGGCGGGAAGGGGGCGGCGGCGGCGUGA